AGCGGGUCCGGGCUGAUGUUUUACAGGAGCCGCAGCUGGAGCAGAGUCCCGGAGCUUCCCCCUCACCGCCAGAUGUGACGCGGAUCCAUUUCCCUCGGAAGAGGAAGUUUCAAACCAAGUAACGGUGUGAGCGGAGAGAGGCCGGGCCGGGUGUGCGGGCGGGAGAUUAGCGGUUCACGGGACUGUAGCUGGUAGCGAAAAGUAAGUGGAAAGUUAGUGGAAAGUUAGCGGAAAGUUAGCGGGCAGUUAGUGGAGUUGGGUGGCUGUGCGGGGCCGCAGUUCCCCGGGGCAGCCGAUGGGUUGAUGCCGGCGGAGACCAUGCGAGCGGCGGCUCCCAGCGGCCGAGUGUCCGCGCUCCUGCUGUCCGCUGUCGGCACCGCCGCCCUCUUCCUGCUUCACGCCCUGAGCGGCGAGCGGUGGCCGCAGGCGGAGCCGGGUGGAGCGGGGGGGCUGGGGGCGGGGGGUCCGGGGCUGGAAGAGGGGGGUCCGGGGCCAGUUGGAGACGGGGGAGACGGGGGGCCGGGGUUGGGAGACGGGGGGUCGCGGCCGGAGGAAGCCGGGGGUCCCGGGGACGGCGCCUGCCCGCUGCUCGGCCUCUGCCUCGCCCUCCUCUUCUGCCUGUGUGUGAGCCGGGCCGGUCUCCGGUGCCGGUCGCCGCCUCCCCGGGCCACUGAUCGCCGAGCCGCGGUGCUGAGCUACUACGAGUCGAGGCUGAAGGUGUCACCUCAUGUCCUGGGUCACAGCCGUUCACAUGUCAGUAAAGUUGUGUGUGAGCUACUGAGGGCCGGACGAUCCAACCCCGGCCCCGACUCACUGUCUCUCCGCGGGGAUUCGCUGCCCGUUGGCGGCAGCCGCGAACAACACGGCAUCCGCCGGCCCGACUGCUUCGACCUGUUGAUCCCGGUGAAGCUGCCGCCGCUGCUGCGGGCCGAGGCUGCUCUGGAGCCGGGAUCCGUCUUCCCGGGAACCGCCGUAUGUCGUCUCCGCUCCACUACCGGCGCCCCGAUGUCCCGCCGCUUCCACGCCGCCUUCUGUGUCAGGCUAGGGGGCGAGGCUGCGCUGUCGUGGUCGCUACUUCGCCGCUGGUUCCAGCAUGAGGUGACCCGCUGUCUGGCCGUCAUCCGAUUCCAGUGUGAACGGCGCUGCGACCUCACCCUGUCCUCAAACCGGGGGCAUCUGGUCCUCCGUCUACGGCCCCGCUCCGACUACAUGUGUUGCCAUCUCUCCAUGUCCGUCCGUCUCAUCCCUGCCCUGUUUGUGGGAGACUCAGUGUACCUGGUGGUUCCCCAACACCUGCCCGGCACCCACAGCGGGACCAGCAGCCAACACCUGCCCGGCACCCACAGCGGGACCAGCAGCCAACACCUGCCCGGCACCCACAGCGGGACCAGCACCCAACACCUGCCCGGCACCCACAGCGGGACCAGCACCCAACACGGGCCCGGCACCCACAGCGAAACCAGCACCCAACACGGGCACGGCACCCACAGCGAAACCAGCACCCAACACGGGCCCGGCACCCACAGCGGGACCAGCACCCAACACCUGCCCGGCACCCACAGCGGGACCAGCACCCAACACCUACCCGGCACCCAGUCUGACAACAGCACCCAUCUGGCAACAGCACCCAACACGGGCCCGGCACCCGGGACAGACCCGGCACCCCGUCUGGGAAGCCCACCCACCCUUGGACCACGAGGCAAAACAGGACCAGCACCCAGUCCCGACUCAGCACCCAGUCCCGACUCAGCACCCAGUGUGGAACCAGCUCUCAACACCGGCCGGGCACCCAGGACAAUCGAGACGCCCAGUCCCGGCCCAGCUCACAGUGCUGUCCCCACUCCCAGGUUCAAACCAGCACCCAGUCUGUGGCCAGCACCCAGUCUGUGGCCAGCACCCAGUCUGUGGCCAGCACCCAGUCUGGCCUUCUGGUGUAUCUACCUGCCCAAACAUGAGCAGAAGUUUCUGAACUGGCUGAAGAUGCAAACACCAGCCACCUCCUGCCAUCUCAAGUGCCUGCAGAUUUUGAAAGCUCUUCGGGAUUUGGGCUGCAAGGAUUGCAGCCGGGAAUUCUCUGAUCAAUGGAACAUAAUACUGAGCUCUUAUAACAUGAAAACAGCACUUUUCCAUUUGCUACUGAAAGGCCCCCUGGAAGCUUGGGAUGAGAAAUUUCUGAUGGAACGACUGGAGGAUUUGGUUACUUUCUGGAGGGAACGGUUGCAGAAACAGGAACUGAUGCACUUUUUCCUGGGGAAUAAAAAUGUGCCAGAUUUUCUGACAGUGCCAAAGAAAAUCAAGGAGGCGGCUCCAGUAAACCUCCUGGCUGGGUUUGACACUGUACUCUUGGACAUGGUCUCCUUCCAACUCUUGAAUACAUGGGACUCAGCACAUGUAAUAAUGAAGUUAAAUCCUCAUAAACACUGGCUCAGGAAACACUAGUCUGGCAAAGUCCUGUGUGUGGAUAUCAGAUCCAUAUCUGUCAGACUGUAGACUGGACAUUUCAACCUCAGUGACACAAUCUUCAGAAAUUCUUGCUUCUGCUUCGACAAUGUCACAGAGUAUUAUUUAGUUGCUCUCGUUCCAAGCAGCAGUCUAAGAUGCAAAUUAAUAUUGAAAGCUUUUAUUCUGUACAUUUUUAAUUUCUAGCUAAUUUAUUAUUUUGUUAAUAAAUACUUAUUUAAA